AGAUUGAGCAACAGCUUCUCGUUAGCAAAACAGUGAGAUAGCAACUACACCGGCAAACUGCAACUGCACAACGACGGUUUAACUAAUAAAACAUAUUUGAUUAGAUAACGUUUUGUGAACAUACACAUAAACUACAACACCGGCCCAAAAUUAAUUUAUUUUGUCGUCAUGUCUUCCAGAAAGCGGAAAAGAUACUACAAGGAUAUAAAUUGUGUAUUUUUUCCGGAUGAUGUCCAAAAUGGUUUCCUAAAAGUGGAGAGAGAGCAAUCAUCGCUCCCAUCUGUGUCUUCCGCCAAGAGCUGGGAGAAAUGUGGAGACGGUUUUGUGGAGUUACAGAACCUCAAGUCAUCAGGAAGGAAACUGUCUGCCAUAAGAAAGUUGGCACAGUCUCCUGCUUUAGUGCAGACCAGUGCUGUUCACCCUAAUGAGGAUUCAGUGCACAUUGCGUGGAGCUCCAGUGACAGUGAACAGUCUGAUGAUGAGACCCAGGAGCAGCAUCUGUCCGGAGUUGUGGCUCAGCAGCAGCAACGUCCUCAGAGACCAGGGAGACCCACAGCUCCCAUUCAGUCUUACACCAGAGCGCUGCACAUGCUCAGCACUGAUAAAGAUAAACUUCCUGUUAUUGACACAGACAGUGAUCUGAAUGAAUCUGAGGAAGAUGCUGAAGAAGACAGUGGGCAACAAAUAUCUGACUGGGAGUCCUUUGAUGAAAAAACAGAGGAUUUACCUCUUAAACCUACAAAAAUGACAGAGCUAGAGAUCUCAGGCUAUGUGUCUGAUGGCGAGAAUAUUGGCGACACAAUGGCCUCAAACAGACUGGACUCCAGCUUUUCUCUCCAAACUGGUGAGGCCAGCAAAAGGUCAGUCAGUGACUGGGUCAGAUCUGCUCAGGCGAUGCUGCAGACACCUCAGAAACCAUUGGACAGGCAGGCCAGGACUCCUGAAGACUCCGCCAAAAAGAAAAGGAAAUUUCAGAGUGGAGGUCUCGCUGAGAGGCUGAAUAGACUCCAGUGCAGACAGAGGUCAGCUAUUAGCUUCUGGAGGCACCAGUCCAUCUCUGGCACCUCGGCAGCAACAGCAGUGGACAGGCCUGGUGUACUGGUGCUGGAGGUGCUGGAGGUUCAGGAGGAGUGCAGCUUGCAACUGGUGCACUGUGAGCACCAUCAGCCCCCCAGAGAGGGCCUCCAACACAGUAACCCCGUCUCUAAGGAGAGAGCACGUAUGCUGGUGUUAUUCAACAGAGAGACCGCAGCCCAGCUGAUUCCUGCACCCAGAGAUAUCCUCCACAUAUACCCACCGUGGCAAAGUCUGUCCAUGGAGGGUUUCAGCUGUGAUAUUAUUCUGAACACACACUUCUGCCAGAAAGUCUACUCUGCUUCCAAACAAGUCGGCAUGUCCAUUCCUAGAGGCCUGUUCUCAGCAGAAAGGUGCAGUCCGUAUUCUCUGUGUAAAGUAUUUGGACUGCUGGAGGAGAACAAUGCUGAACAGGUUUCCACCUCUGAUGGUCUGUGCAGUUUUGGAGGUUCAGGAGUUUUGACAAGACACUGCCUUUCUCUCCUGGAAGUUAUUGAGGGGCUGGGCCAGGCUGGCUCUGUGGGGCAGGACGUGGAGGUGGUGGUCCAGAGAGUUUACUCCGUCCCUUUGCCUGACUGCUCUCCCCUGUCCAUCCUCAAGCCCAGAGUUCCCUCCAGGUCUUCCUCAGCUCCUCCUCCUGCAGAAAAAGGGAAAACCAGGCUCUGUGUGCUUGUCCAGGAUAGCUACGGGAUGUUCAGUGUGGUCCAGCUCCACCUCCUGCCCUGCACAGAUGACCUCCACCGUUACUGCCACAUGUGGCAGGGGAGGACUUGUGUGCUGAGAGGCAUUAAAGUGGUGCAGCGGGUCACUCGAGAAAGGAGCACCAGGCUUUUCAGUUUGAUAGACAGUUUGUGGCCCCCAGAGACGCCUCUUAAAGAUCAUGGUAACACACCCAGUAGGUCCAGUGAAUGUAGACCUACAGGUCCAGCUCCGAGUUUCUGCUACCUGCUGUCUGGUCAAGAGAGCUCAGUUGAACACAGUGAAGGGCAGACUAUGUCCCCACUUUACCUUCCCUACACAAAACAAACCUUACGAGAAGUGCUGCAGAGUGAUCUUAAAAUCUGCCGCUGCAGUUUUGUUGCCACUGUUCUAUACAAAAGAAUAAUGCAGAGAAGUGAUAUAGGCCAGGGUGAGGUUUGGUUGGUGCUGACGGACCCCAGUCUUCAAGAGGAGCAGCCCGAGAGGCCAUGCAGACGAACAGUGGCCCUAUGUGUGAACACUUCCUGUGUGCUCACUUCCUCUGUCCUCGAAGCUCUAAAUUCCCCCGCCGCCUGUCGCAUGUCAUUCAGAGAUGCCAUCAAAGAACAUGGUGUUCUCCUGUGUGUGGAGCAGUCAGUUGUUGAGAUGUGCUCCGUGGAUCCCGAGGGCAACCCUGAGUCCUCAGCCAGGCCAGAGUCACUUUCACCGUUGCUGUCCGAGCCCCAGGCAAAGAGCCUGCCCCAACCUGUGAGACUGGAUCCCCUGAGUCCUGAGAUCACACCCAACUGCCUCUGCUCUCUAACAGGGGUGAUAAUUGGUGUGGAUGAGAGCACUGCUUAUUCCUGGCCUGCCUGCAACCAUUGUGGAUGUGAUAACUUAGAGAUGUUAGCUGAAAGACCUCCAAACUUCCACUGUGUUUCUUGUAAGUCAGUGGUGGACAAGCCAAACACAAAGAUUCAACUGGAAGUGUUAUUGAGUUCUUCAUUAAGUAAUUGCACUUUGAAGGUUAAGCUGCAGCAAAAGACAAUCAUGUCCCUCCUAAACACUGCAGCCCUGGAGGGUAAUGAGUUCCCAGGUUACGAUGUGGAGAAUGUCCUGGGAAAAGAGGUGGGGCCUCUCGCCGUUUACGUCCGUGUCGUCAGCAGGAAACCUGCCCUCUGGAUCGGCCUGGAAGAAAUAUGCCUGCAAGACAUUUGCCUCUGAGGCUGUCGGGGCAAGUAGCUAAUGAUAUCAUUCCUCUGGCCUCAGCUGGCUCCAAGGUUCUGCACACCAGGCCUUGGUCUGAGCCAGAUUAGCCUGCUCUCCCCCCUUUGAAGGCCUCCCUGACAGCUUGAGGCUGUGGUGAAGUGAACGGGCUGCAAGAACACAAGGUCUUGUUUGUGUUAAUGAUAUGUGAUCUUGUGGAGCAGGAGUUGACAGUCCAAGGGUGUCUGUCAAAGCAGCCCACGUGGUUCAUCAACUGGGAUGGAUAUUUUUUCCAAACUCAUCUACCUCUGUCUUUUAAGAUUUCUUACACUGUCAAUAAAAGUUUGUAUUUCUGCUGACUUUA